AUGGUCAGCGUCACCGAGCUCUGCCCGCUGUCCCUGGAGAUCGUGACCCGGCCCUUGAGCGAUGGCGGUUCCCCCGCAGGGCUGCGGGUGGCCGUGACCCUGCAGGAGUCCGGGGGGGACCUCCAGCCCCCCGGGGGGUCCCUGCGCCUCCUCUGCCGAGGGGCUGGGUUCAGUUUCGGGAGUUUUGGACUGAGCUGGUUUCGCCAGAGACCUGGGCAGACUCUGGAGUGGCUCGCAGGGAUCAAGAAGGAUGGCAGCGCCUACUACCCGCCAUCACUCAAGGGCCGGGUCAGGAUCUCCAGGGACAACGGGCAGAGCUCGGUGACGCUGACCAUGACCGACCUCCGGGACGAGGAUUCCGGCGUCUAUUUCUGUGGGAAAUCUUCUAAUACUGGUGCUGGUGGUGCUGCUGGUAUUGAUGAUGGUUUCCCACCCCCAUCUGCCCUUGUCCCCGCAGGGCUCCGGGCGGCCGUGACCCUGCUGGAGUGCGGGGGGGACCUCCAGCCCCCCGGGGGCUCCCUGCGCCUCCUCUGCCGAGGGUCUGGGUUCGAUUUCGGGAGUUUUGCCAUGUUCUGGAUUCGCCAGAGACCCGGGCAGGGGCUGGAGUUUGUCGCAGGGAUCAGCAGAAGGACUGGCAGCACCAAGUACGCGCCGUCGGUGCAGGGCCGGUUCACGAUCUCCAGCGACAGCGGGCAGAGCUCGGUGACGCUGACCCUGACCAAACUCAAGGACGAGGACUCUGGAUCCUAUUUCUGUGCCAAAAUUUCCGAUCCUGGAUGUUGCCAUGCUGCUGCUUCUGCUGAACACACCAGUGCGGGAUCCCCACUUCCAUCUCAGUGACCCCUCCUGUCCCCA